AUGUCCCUGAACGCGCAUGACCUCGCACAGCUUCGAGCUGCCCUGCAAGAUGCAGUGGUGAAGUGCUCGGAGCGCUGCCUCUACCAGUCAGCAAAGUGGGCCGCCGAGCUUCUCGAUGCCAUACCAGACCCCUCGCACGAGGCACAGCCAGACGAAUCCCCUCCUCCUUCUGUACCCGUUGUUCUGACCGCCAAUCCGGACCCCGACGAGGCCCUUCUUGAGGCGAAGGAAGUCAACAAAUACCUGCUCGCCAAGUCCUUCUUCGACUGCCGCGAGUUUGACCGAUGCGCCGCCGUCUUUCUCCCAGACUCCAUGCUGCCGGGCAUAAUAGACCCGAAGCGUGAGAGUGUCGGCGGCACACCUAGCGGCAAGGGCAAAUCGAGAGCCUCGCACGAUGAUGCGCCGGCCACUGUCGACGGUGGUGCGUUGCCCAACCUGAGCCAGAAGAGCCUGUUCCUGGCGCUGUACGCCAAGGUCAUGUCGGGCGAGAAGCGCAGAAACGAGGACUCGGAGAUGGUUAUGGGCCCCCAGGACCUCGGCACCGUCGUCAACAAGCAACUCCUACCUGUGGGCCGCUUCCUCAGCCGCUGGUUCGAGCAGCGGACCACGGAGGAUGGCGAUGUUCUCGGCUCCCAGGGCUGGCUCGAGUACCUAUAUGGCAUGGUACUCGCCAAGGAGAAGAACGAAGACAAGGCCAUGGAAUACUUCAUCCGGAGUGUUCACCUGUUCCCAAUGAACUGGGGCUGCUGGCUUGAGAUGACUUCGCUCAUCACGAGGCUGGAGGAUCUCAACCGCGUAUCGCGACACCUACCGCAGAACAUAAUCUCGUUCAUCUUCCACCUUCACACAUCACUAGAAUUGUACCAGCAAGGGCCCAGUCUGGCCAACUCUCUGGACCAGCUUCUCGGCAUCUUCCCGACCUCCGCAUUCCUCCUCACCUGCAACGCCCUCCUCGCCUACCACGCCAAAGAUCUCGCAGCUGCCGAGCAGCACUUUAGCCGCCUACUGUCGCUCCACCCCUAUCGCUUGGAUUCGCUCGACCACUACUCGAAUAUUCUCUACGUCAUGGAGCUGAGGCCGAAACUUGCCUUCAUCGCUCAUCUGUGCUCGAAUAUCGACCGCUUCCGUCCAGAGUCCUGCGUCGUCGUCGGAAACUACUACUCUCUUCUGUCCAUGCACGAAAAGGCUGUGCAGUAUUUCCGCCGCGCCCUGACGUUGGAUCGCACGUGUCUGUCGGCGUGGACGCUGAUGGGCCAUGAGUACGUCGAGCUGAAAAACACGCAUGCGGCCAUCGAGUCGUACCGCCGAGCCGUGGACGUCAACCGCCGGGAUUACCGGGCGUGGUAUGGCCUCGGCCAGACGUAUGAGGUGCUGGAAAUGCACACGUACAGUCUGUGGUAUUACAAAAAGGCCGCCGGCCUGCGCCCGUGGGACGCCAAAAUGUGGGUGGCCGUCGGGUCCUGCCUGCAGAGGAUGGGCAGGGAACGGGAGGGCAUCAAGGCUCUCAAGCGGGCCCUGCUCGCCGACGCAUACUACGACGUGGGGAGCAGUUUCGGAAGCGGGGAUAUCCUCAGCGGACGGGGCGCAACGGGCCACAUGGACCCGGACGUGCUCUUCCAGAUUGCAUUCAUGUACAACGAGAUGGGCGACAUGGACGAGGCAAAGUCGUACAUGGAGCUCUGCGUCGCGCAAGAGGACGGGGGAGCCGGGGAAACGGCGCUGACAGAAUCCAUAGCGAUACACAACGACUCCCCUGGCGCAUCCGACGACGAGGACGGCCAGGACCGCGAGAGCGCGGCGCGCGAAGGAACGGGCGUCACGGCGGCAACGAGCCGUGCGCGCAUGUGGCUCGCGCGGUACGCCAUGGACACGAAUGACUAUGAGGCGGCCGACAAGCUGGCGACAGAGCUCACGCAGGACGGAUAUGAAGUGGAAGAGGCCAAGGCCCUUGUCAGGGAGGCGCGGUCCCGACUGGUGGGAUAUGAGGAACAGGUCCUCAGCCCAUGA